AUGCUCUGCGACCUGCUUGCGCCAGACUUCGGGGCGCGGGUGUUGAACCGGUCAGAGGAGAUACCAAGGGUGCUGCUGCUGAACGAAUGCACUAGCUGCGGCGCCACGUUGCAGCAUUUCGAGGUGCCGCUGGGGCAUCGGGCGGCGCGCUGCUUUCGACAGGUGAGGUCCAUCUUCGAGGCCGCGUCGUUGGAUGCCACCGGCGCCCUACGUGGCAUCACCUCAGGGCACGAACGUUUUCGGGUGCUGCAAUUUGCGAAAGCUUGCUACUGGAACUCGAUGGGCGCCCACUUGUUUUGGGUACUGCUGAUGCACCAUACCCUGCUGGGCGAGCCCAAACUGGGCGACUCACACCAUGCGAUGCUGACGUGUUUGCCCACGGCCUGUAGUGAAGCGGUGCUGUCGCAGUGGCUGGCGCCCACCUUCAUUCACUCUGGAACGCUCGAAGGCAUUGUCCGACUGCAGAAGAGCUAUUUGGAUUACUCCUGUCAGGGCGCCAGCCACGUGUCGCUGCACCCGCGCCACGCCUUCCCAGCCUCCUCAGAUCGAAACUUCCGAAAGGAGGUGGCAGCGAGUGGCAAGCUGCCGCCGUGGCCCAUGUGGUUCCUGCAGCCGGAACCCAUCGGGGCCAAAAUCUUUGGGCCCUCGGUGCUCUUCGCCACGUUGCCCCAGCCGCAGCCGAAACUGCUGCGGCCGAGCGGUGAAGGGCGGGGAGGCGUCGCGGUGCUCUUCGCCGGCUCCUGGCGCUACGAGGAACGCACCCUGGCGUCGCUGGCGCGGCACCUGGUGCGGCCGCUGAGCGCCACGGUGCUCUGCGCGCUGAGCGGAGGCGGUGGCAGCGGCUGGCGGGAACGGCAGCGGAUGAAGAAGUUCUUCCCUGCCCUGGCAGGCUUCCGCUGGCUGCGCGACCUCCGGGACACGGAGCUGCGCAAGGCCAUCGCGCCCAAGGCGCUGCUGCUCUACGAGACCUUUGGGGGCGGUGCCAUCUCGCCACUGCGGCGGAACAAGUUGGGUGGGCAGCUGCAUUCCCUGCGGAAGAUGCAGAUCGUUUGGCAAAUGACGAAGAGCUACGAGCGCAAGCGCCGGCGCCGCUUCCGUUGGGUGAUAUACAGUCGCCUGGACCUCAUUUGGGUGGCGAAUCAUCCGCCGCUGCAUCUCUUGGAGCCUCCGGACGGCAUCUGGACGGUACCACUGGCGGCGGCGCAAGGGCACAAGGAGGGCUUUUUUGCGAUGAACGACUGGCACGGGACGGUGCCGCGGCAGUGGGCGGAGGCGUACUUUGGGCGCUGGUGGAUGCUGCGAAAGGGCGUCAUUUGGCAGCCCUACCUGGAACCAGAGGAACUUCUCGCCUCGGUGUGUUUCUGGCUGGAGAUUCCCGUGGGCUUCUUCGACGCCGUCUUCAGUCUCAGCGGCUGCCGCAAAUGGAGCUGCAACUUGGUCGAAGAGCCCAGAGGCCAGUUCGAGUUCCGCGAGCAGCCUCAGCGCUGGCGUUUGCCGCACGACGUGCCGGUGCUGCGGCAGCGGGCACAGCGGCUGCGCGAGGGGGCGGUCUGGGAGAGAGCCGGCGAGCGAACGCUGGAGAUUCGCGAGAAAAAACACGGGGCGUCGGGUGGAGAUUUAAGGUAA